CUCAAGUUUUUUGUGGAAGAGGAAAAUCAAAUGAGUGAAAAUCACGAAUUCCGUGUUGUACCGGGAGAUCGUAUUGGCUCGUGUGAAGAAUUUGAGUGCGGCGACGGAGUUUUUGCAAACAAUGGUAUUAUUUAUUCAUCCAUCGUUGGUACGCGAAAACAAAAACCAGGAACAAAGCUUCCUAUCAUCUACGUUGAGCCUGCCAAACAAGUUAUUAUUCCGAAUGUUGGCGAUAUUGUGCUCGCCCGCGUCACUUAUGUGACGGCUGUAAUGGCAAGCCUCCAUAUAUUGUGUGUCAACGGAGUUGCUGUUACCUCCUACUUCCGAGGCACAAUCCGUAAAAACCAUGUUCGGGCCUUUGAAAUUGACAAAGUUGUAAUGUACAACUCCUUCCGCAUUGGCGACAUUGUUCGAGCGCGCGUACUAUCGCGAGGAGAUCGGCGUUCCUACUUUCUGUCGACCGAUCAGAAUGAUUUGGGAGUCAUUCUGGCCACCAGCGCUACAGGAAGUCCGAUGAUUCCUGUAAGUUGGGAAUUGAUGCAAUGUCCCGAGACGAAGCAAGUGGAAUACCGCAAGGUAGCGAAGAUCCUCUCGGAUGAGGAGAUCAACGUGUUGAAGAACAAACAAUUGGUGAAUGAACUUGUUUCAUAGAAAAAGGGCAGCUUUCCAGAUUGAAGUAUGAGUCCUAUUCGUUUAUAAUAGUACUACUUAUUUUUAUAUGAAUAUGCGUAUUAUAAUUUUUAUUAUUAAUAAUAAUAAUAAUAAUAAUAAUAGUAUUGUUGUUAUUAUUUC